UCUCUGUCGAGUGUCCUCCAACCCCCAAACUUCUUCCUUCUCCCCCUGCGUGGUCUGGCCCUUUCUCUUCGCCUUGCCCCCCACUUCUUUCUCGCCUAACCUGCCUUCAUCCCUGACAGUCUCUCAUCCCCUCUCCCUCGUCACCACCGGUCUCUCCCCUUUCUUUCUCCAGAUGCCAGGUCCCCUUGCCACGCUGUCUCCACAUCCUCUGGGGAGAAGCACAUGGACCCCUUCGGGCAGGGCAGAGCUUAGCAAACUACCAAGCCAACGUUUAUUGAGAAGCAGCCGCUGUUUUCAGUUCUUUAUGCGAGGCUCAGCAACCCUAGGACGCAAGGAUUACUAGCUGAACCCCAGAGAGGAUAGCCCCCUAGUGAGUCAGCGGACCCUGCAGUGCAGACAGACGGCAGCCCCCUCUGCUGCCAUUUCCACUUCAGCCCCAAGGUGAUGUUCACAAAGGUACUGAAAGCCCAGCUCUGGGUGUAUCUGCGGCCUGUGCCCCGCCCAGCCACAGUCUACCUGCAGAUCUUGCGACUGAAACCCCUCACGGGGGAAGGGACUGCAGGGGGAGGGGGCGGCGGCCGGCGCCACAUCCGCAUCCGGUCACUCAAGAUCGAGCUGCACUCACGCUCCGGCCACUGGCAGAGCAUCGACUUCAAGCAAGUGCUACACAGCUGGUUCCGCCAGCCGCAGAGCAACUGGGGCAUCGAGAUCAACGCCUUUGACCCCAGUGGCACAGACCUGGCCGUCACCUCCCUGGGGCCGGGAGCCGAGGGGCUGCAUCCUUUCAUGGAGCUCCGGGUCCUAGAGAACACCAAGCGGUCCCGGCGGAACCUGGGCCUGGACUGUGACGAGCACUCGAGCGAGUCCCGGUGCUGCCGAUACCCCCUCACGGUGGACUUUGAGGCCUUUGGCUGGGACUGGAUCAUCGCGCCCAAACGCUACAAAGCCAACUACUGCUCCGGCCAGUGCGAGUACAUGUUCAUGCAGAAGUAUCCGCACACCCACUUGGUGCAACAGGCUAACCCAAGAGGCUCUGCCGGGCCCUGCUGUACCCCCACCAAGAUGUCCCCAAUCAACAUGCUCUACUUCAAUGACAAGCAGCAGAUUAUCUACGGCAAGAUCCCUGGCAUGGUGGUGGAUCGCUGUGGCUGCUCCUAAGGUGGGGGACAGAGGCUGCCUCCCCCACAGACCCUACCCCUAGACCCCCAGCCUUGACCCCCAGCCCCUGAAGGCCCUAGAGCUCCCUCCAUCUCUUCCCAUGAACAUCACACCUUAUUCCCUGCCCAAGCAGCGUGCAAUACAGCAGAGGGAGGCAGGUGGGGAUUGAGGGGUGAAGGCUCUGGGGGGGAAAGGGGAAGGAGGAGGGGGCGUGGCGAGGUGGGAAGUUUUUGAGGUAUGCAGGUGAGAAGGUUUGGCAAGAAGGCAGAGAGACAUAGACAGGUAGAGCAGAGGGAUAGAGACAGGAUAAAAGAGCAACAGUGGAAGGCAAAGGGAGAAAGAGGCAGGCGAGACAGACGAGGCAGAGACUGAGACUGAAAUGGAACAGAGAAAGCCCCAGAUCUUUCUCCAGCUGCAAGCGGAUGGGCUCGCUGCGGUCGGGGAGGUCCCGACUUCCAUUCUCAGUAGGUGAGGAAAUCCAAACUCCAUUCGUAGCUUCUCCCCUUUCUUCCUCCAGCAGCAGCCCGGAAAAGGGAAGUGAGGCAGGGGCGAAAGUGAGGAUUUGGGAGUUUUAUUUAUUUAUUUAUUGUGACUUUUCAUUGUUUUGGUAUUUGGCUUUACCGACCUAGAAGGCCCUGCCCACUGCGCUCCAUUUGUCCCUUAGUUCCCACACCCUGGUCUUCCUCAGUACCCACCUACUUAAGCACUUGUAAAAGCCUCCAGGGUCGGACAUGGGAGUAGAGGGCAAGAGGCUGGCACAUGGACGCUUCCAACCCACAACUGCCCUGCUCAACCUUCCUGAGCCACACGGGUGGCGCUGAAUUCGUGGAGCCAGAAACAGCCGAGAGGUUAGGUUAGGAGCCGCAGAGAUGGGAGAGGAACGCCCUCAACUAACCCUCAAGCCCACCCUCAGAGGGCUACUUAGCAGAGGGUGGGGCCCGCGUGUGCCCACACCCAGCCGAGAGACCAAAGAGCCUGUGGAAGGAAUGCCCGCGCUCCGGGCCUCUGGCUGCAGGUCAAUGAGAAGGCGAGUGUGACCGCAGAGUCGCCAGGGCUGGGGAGGGCAGGGCAGGCGGCGGGAAGCGCAGUGACCAGCGGAAGGCGAUAGGGCGUCUGACUCCAAAUCACUGUCCUGGGCAGGGACGAGAGCCAGCAGACCGAGGUGGGAGGGAUUCUGGAGGGGGACAUUUUAGUUCCCCAACCCCAAGCUCAGGGCGGAAGGGGGAGGACAAGGGAACAGAGUGUCUAUAAUUAUUUUUGUCUUUUAUUUUUGGAAUCUAGCGGUACCUGGCAGCAGGGAGGGGCCAAUACCAGGGGGAAAGCACCUGACAAGGCCAGUUAGAACAGAGGUUGGGAAGGAUGGAGACUCCCUGGCUGGGAAGGAGGCAGAGGCUGACGGGCUCCGAGUCACUGGCUGGGCCUGCUUAUUCCUCCUAAAGCCCUGACCCGCCCUCCUCUUGACUCACUGCGCCUCAGUUUCUUCCCCUCGAUGGAAUGAGAAAUAGCAGCACCCGCCACAGCCAAGAGAUGAAUUCUGAGCACUUACCACGGGCACUUUAUGGACAUAAAAUACCUCUCGCUGUGGGACAGAUAACCAGGGCUCCAGAGUAGUGGUGAAGAGAUGCGAGGCUUAAGGAGUCACAGGCUUCAGAGUGCACGCUCGCUCUGCCUCCCAGCUGGACAGCUUUCUGAAGCCAAGGGGUUGAGAACCUCCUGUCCACACCCAACCCAUGCCUCACCCUCAGGCCUCUUGGCUCAGGGGAGAGCCUAGAGGAUGUCAGGAGAGGAGGGAAAGAACCUUCAGCAAAGUGCUCACUUUCAGCAGAGCCAGCAGUUAUGGGUCUGGCGCAGACAUCAUGAACUAAAGCCAAGCCCAGGUGGGAGAGCGCUCACCUGGAAGGCGUGCUCUCCCCGAAAACCAGUCCCGGCCCCGCCUGCUGGUGGGAGGGAUACAGGUGCUGGUGAGCUUUAGCAUCUUACUCUCAUCCCAAACUGAAGUGAGACGAGGUAUCGGUGCAGAAUGGGCAGGAGCGUUUCAACUCCUCUUCCCAUGGAGCAGCUAUGCCAGCCCCACCUCCUUUGGCCCUGUUGAUUCUUCUUUCUGCCCCAGUCACUGAGACAAGAUCGGACCAUCAACUGAAUCCCAUUUCCUUGAUAAAAGGAGAGGAGACACGAAGAACAGAAGAUGCCUCCUCCAAGGUCAAAUGCCCAUCUCUCCACCGUGGCACAGGGUGGGGGUGGUAAUAGGCACCAGGUGACUUCCCUCCACAAACCCUAGAGAUGGGGCAUUAGACUUGGGGGACACUUAGAAUAUGCUCCCUCAAAGCCACCAAAUAAAGGCCUCUGCUGGGGGGGUGGGGGUGUCUUUCUCUUACGAACAUAAAUCUGAGUUAAACGUUUCGUACCCCUGGCCCUCACCAUCCCCAAGGAGGCAUGGGGUAAAGAGGGUGGGGGCACAGCCUCGCAACUGAGCGGACGCUGGCACCCCCCUCCCAUCAUAUGGCGUGUCCAUCUGGCCAGUGCCCCUCUGAUCGUACUUAGUAUAAUUACUUGUGUAUUUGUUA